UGCAAACCGAGGCUGCAAUUGGAGGAGGCCUGACCAGACUGACUGCUUCCCCGAGCCUCCUCGUUGGGAGGUGGGUGGGGUGAAGGUUGCUGCAAACGCCUCAUCAGUACUCUUGACCACUUCUCACUGUACUUGGCGACCAUGGCUGUCCUGGCGACCCUUUUGCGCUGUGGCGCCCAGGGGCGCAGCCUCCUGCUUCGGAUGCAGAUGCAGGAAAUAAGAUAUGUGGAGAGAAGUUAUGUAUCAAAACCUGCUUUAAAUGAAGUGGUCAUAGCAAGUGCCACAAGAACACCGAUUGGGUCCUUUCUAGGCAGCCUGUCCUCCCUGCCAGCCACUAAGCUUGGUUCCGUUGCCAUCCAGGGAGCCAUUGAAAAGGCGGGGAUACCAAAAGAAGAAGUGAAAGAGGUAUACAUGGGUAAUGUUCUGCAAGGAGGCGAAGGACAAGCCCCUGCGAGGCAAGCGGUGCUGGGUGCAGGCUUACCUAUUUCUACUCCAUGUACCACUGUAAACAAAGUUUGUGCCUCAGGAAUGAAAGCCAUCAUGAUGGCCUCUCAGAGUCUUAUGUGUGGACAUCAGGAUGUGAUGGUGGCAGGCGGCAUGGAGAGCAUGUCCAACGUUCCCUACGUGAUGAACAGAGGAGCCACGCCAUACGGUGGGGUGAAACUUGAAGAUUUGAUCGUAAAAGAUGGGCUCACCGAUGUCUACAAUAAAAUUCAUAUGGGUAACUGUGCUGAGAAUACUGCAAAGAAGAUGAAUAUUCCACGAGAGGAACAGGACACUUACGCCAUCAGCUCCUACACCAGAAGUAAAGCAGCGUGGGAAGCUGGAAAGUUUGGAAAUGAAGUUGUUCCUGUCACAAUCACAGUGAAAGGUAAACCAGAUGUAGUGGUGAAAGAAGAUGAAGAAUAUAAACGUGUUGAUUUUAGCAAAGUUCCAAAGCUGAAGACAGUCUUCCAGAAAGAAAAUGGCACGGUAACGGCUGCCAACGCCAGCACCCUGAAUGACGGAGCAGCUGCUGUGGUUCUGAUGACUGCAGAUGCAGCCAGGAGACUCAACGUUAAACCACUGGCAAGAAUAGCAGCAUUUGCUGAUGCUGCUGUAGAACCUAUUGAUUUUCCAAUUGCACCUGCCUAUGCUGUACCUAAGGUUCUUAAAGAUGCAGGAUUGAAAAAAGAAGAUGUCACAAUGUGGGAAAUCAAUGAAGCCUUUAGUCUUGUUGUACUAGCAAACAUUAAAAUGCUGCAGAUUGAUCCUCAAAAAGUGAACAUCAAUGGAGGAGCUGUUUCUCUGGGACAUCCAAUUGGGAUGUCUGGAACCAGGAUUGUCACUCAUUUGGUUCAUGCCCUGAAGCAAGGAGAAUACGGUCUGGCCAGUAUUUGCAAUGGAGGAGGAGGUGCUUCUGCCAUUCUGAUCCAGAAGCUAUAAGACAACUUCUGUAAUCAGUGUGACCCAGCUUCCUUGGGUCAGCUUAUACUCAAAAUAAUGUAUCAUUUUUUAAAUUAUUUUCUAUUUAACUUUUAAAAGAUAGAAAAACCAAAUCCCAAAAUGUUUUGAAAUAAAUUUUUCUUCAUUCAGCUUUAAA